GUCUCAUCCUUCCCAUCCCUUCCUCUCUGUUAAGAAAGGUCAAACCCAACCACCGCGCAAAAGAAAGAAAGAAAGAAAGGUUCCAUUAACGGUGAUCCUCUGACAUUGAAGCGCUGCCGUUUUGUUAUUUUUUUUACCUCUUAUGCUAUUGCCGAUCGCUUCUUUCUGUCCCGGUAACGCCCCGGUGGCCGGAAAAGGAAAUUGGGUUCUUUUUUUACUAUGAAGAGAAACGCCAACAUCGGAAACAAUAAAGGCUCAAAUAUUAAUAAUGAUAAUCUUUUUCCAAAUUCUUUGAAAUUCAUUUCUUCCUGCCUGAAAACAGCCUCUUCCGGUGUCCGGUCUGCUAGUGCUUCCGUCGCCGCUUCUAUUGCUGGAGACUCUCAUGAACAUCCAAAAGAACAGGUGCUAUGGGCUUCCUUUGACAGACUAGAGCUUGGUCCCAUAUCUUUUAAAAGGGUUCUCUUACUUGGAUACUCCAAUGGCUUUCAAGUUCUUGACGUCGAAGAUGCCUCCAAUGUCAGUGAACUUGUUUCAAGGCGUGAUGACCCAGUUACAUUUUUACAAAUGCAGACACUCCCUGAAAUGUCUGAGGGACAUGAAGGAUUUAGAGCAUCACAUCCUUUACUUCUGGUUGUUGCCUGCGAUGAGUCAAAGGUCUCAGGGUUGACGCUUACCGGAAGAGACGGAUUGGCUAGAGAUGGUUUUGAGGAGCCUAAAAAUGCAAAUGUGCUCUCUCCUACUACUGUUCGAUUCUAUUCGCUAAGGUCUCAUAAUUAUGUUCAUGUAUUGAGAUUCCGGUCAACUGUGUAUAUGGUUAGAUGCAGUCCUCGUAUAGUUGCUGUGGGGCUUGCAACACAAAUAUACUGCUUCGAUGCUCUCACUCUUGAAAAUAAAUUUAGUGUCCUCACCUAUCCUGUCCCUCAAGCAGGAGGCCAAGGGUUUGGGAUUAAUAUUGGAUAUGGUCCCAUUGCAGUGGGUCCCAGGUGGUUUGCUUAUGCUUCAAACAAUCUAUUGCAGUCAAAUACAAAUCGCUUGAGUCCACAGAACCUGACUCCAUCACCUGGUGUUAGCCCAUCAACUUCUCCCAGUAGUGGGAGUCUUGUGGCUCGAUAUGCCAUGGAAUCUAGUAAGCAAUUAGCUGCUGGGUUAAUCAAUCUGGGCGACAUGGGCUACAAAACUUUGUCAAAAUACUAUCAAGAUUUUAUUCCUGACGGUUCUGGCUCUCCCAUUUCUUCAAAUUCAGGCCGGAAAGUUGGUCGGGGUGCAUUACAUUCUGCAGACACUGAUAUUGCUGGGACGGUAGUUGUCAAAGAUUUUGUUUCCAGGGCAGUUGUAUCACAGUUCAGGGCCCAUACUAGUCCAAUUUCCGCUCUAUGCUUUGAUCCAAGUGGGACUCUCCUAGUUACAGCAUCAAUACAUGGGAACAAUAUAAAUAUUUUUCGGAUCAUGCCAUCCUCAACAAAAAAUGGAUCUGGCACUCAAAGCUAUGAUUGGAGUUCUUCACAUGUGCACCUUUAUAAGCUCCAUCGUGGCAUGACAUCAGCUGUGAUACAAGAUAUUUGCUUUAGUGCUUUCAGUCAGUGGAUUGCCAUUGUUUCAUCUAGGGGUACUUGCCAUGUUUUUGUUCUUUCACCAUUUGGUGGUGAGACUGUACUCCAAAUCAGGAAUUCUCAUGUUGAUGGGCCUAUCUUAUCACCAGUUGUAUCUUUCCCUUGGUGGUCCACUCCGUCUUUCUUUGUAAACUAUCAAACAUUUCCUUUGCCUGCACCACCAACUGUUACCCUCUCUGUAGUUAGCAGAAUAAAAAAUGUUAACUCUGGAUGGCUUAAUACGGUUACCAAUGCUGCAUCAUCUGCUGCUGGAAAGACCUCCUUCCCUUCUGGUGCUUUAUCUGCUGUUUUUCAUAACUCUUUACCUAAUGAUUUGCAACGAGGUCAAGUGAAAGCUAAUGUUUUGGAGCACCUAUUAGUUUACACUCCGUCUGGCCAUGUUGUCCAACAUAAGCUACUGCCUUCAUUUGGGGGAGAGGCAGGUGAAAAUGCUUCGAGAAUUGGAUCAGGUUCUGCUCUCCAGAUACAAGAAGAGGGCUUGUGGGUAAAAGUUGAAGCUAUGCAAGCAUGGGAUGUAUGCAGAAGAACAGAUUGGCCAGAAAGGGAGGAAUGCCUUUCUGGAAUGACUCAUGGGAGAAAAGAAGCAUUAGAGAUGUCUAUGGAUGGUUCUGAUUCUGAAGAUAAUUAUGCCGGGGAAAAGUACAUGUCAAAGCCCCAAGACCAAGCACACUUGUAUCUUUCCAAUGCAGAAGUGCAAAUUAGCUCUGGAAGGAUACCAAUCUGGCAGAAUUCAAAGGUAUCAUUCUAUACAAUGAGUCCUGUGGGGUUCGAUGAGACUAAGCUCACUGCUGGUCAGUCUGGUGGAGAAAUUGAAAUAGAACGGAUGCCUGCUCAUGUGGUUGAAAUUCGACGGAGGGAUUUAUUGCCUAUUUUUGAGCAUUUUCACAGGAUUCAUCCUGAUUGGAAUGACAGGGGCUUUGCUGCAGCAAGUUAUCCAAUGUCUUCUCAUGAUGCUAAAGAAAGAUUCUCUGAAGUCACUGUUAUUUCUCACUCUAAGUUGAUGUCACCUAGCCCGAUCGAAAAUUCAGAUACUGGGUCAUCAAGAAAUUCUUAUCCUCCUAGUCUUCAAUCUGAGAACGGUAGUAGUGGGUUAAAAGGACAGAGUUCUAUUUUGGUAUCACAUAUGCUUAACCAGAGCACUCUUAACAAAGAUGCUGGUUCAGUUUCUAUUAAUCAAUCUAAAAUGGGUGUUCGUCACAUCGAGGAUAAAUCUACUAAUAGUCCAUCAUUAACAAGUCUAUCUGGUGGAAGAAACAGAGGUGGAAGCAGUGAUAUUCUGAACACAAGUUCUAACCGAUCAGAUUUGAGUAUGAACAUUUUAGACGAGGGGCCAUUGAAUGAAUCACCAGAUUUCGAGCACUUUUUUCAAGAAGAGUAUUGUGAAGUAUUGCCCUUAAGUGCAUGUCGGGAGCCAACCGAGGUUGUUAUUGACGUUGACAGCAACAGCAGCCCUUGUGAGAGAGGAAAACCAGAGGAAGAAUGCGACAACGAUGAUAUGCUUGGUGGCGUUUUUGCCUUCUCCGAGGAAGGUUGAGUUGUAUCUCGUGUUCCUUUUUCUGAUGUGCAUGCUAUAUUUAUAUCGUCAACGUCGGUCUCUUUCAUCGAAACGCCAGCCUAAUCGGGCGGAGGCCGGCAAACUAAUUGAAAGUGUGGUUUGGUGAUUUAAGAAGCUACCGACUGAUUGAUUCAAGUAAUAUAAAGACUGGCUCAUUGUGCCACUAGGCCAAAUCUCUGGAUUCCACCCUCUUAAUGUGUACAUGUUGUAAAUUGAAAAUCUCCUAAAUGCAAAUUUGUGAGUAAAUGUUCUAUCUGUGUUGUGUAAACAUUAUUCAUUCUUCAAAGAAAAAGAAAAUGU